AUGCAAGUUUGUUGGAAUACCGAUGCUGCGAAGGCGAUACCCAAAUCUGACCACAUCACCACCACGCUCAAGUGUCAAGAUCCAGAUGAGCAGGCGCCGGUGUUCCAGAAGCUGACCAACGGGAAGCGGAAGACCCUUGGCGCGCAAAGGAUCAUCUUUGCCACCAAUGUGGCGGAGACCUCCGUGACCAUCGACGGUGUCCGCUUGGUUGUGGACAGUGGUCUUGAGAAGCAGGCCGUCUUCGACGCCAAGCGCAACCUCAGCUCCUUGGAGGAGGUGCCAAUCUCCAAGUCCUCGGCAAAGCAGCGCCGGGGUCGCGCAGGGCGCACAGCCCCGGGCGUGUGCGUGCGGCUCUACUCAGAGGAGGACUUCGAGGUGCGCCGCACAACGCAGCUCCCCGAGGUCUUGUCCAAGCCGGUCAGCCUCACGCUGCUGACGUUGCUGCGGAUGGGACUGGAUCCGAUGAGCUUCCGGUGGCUCGAGGCGCCCGACAAAGAGGCCGAGGCCACAGCCUGGAGGUCUUUGCUCUUCUUGGAUGCCUGCGACCAAAGCCGUCGCGCGUUGACGAAGUUUGGGAGGUUCGCUGCUGAGUUGCAGAUUGAUCCCCUGUGGGCCAAGAUCCUCUUCACAGGGUACAGCCACAACCAGCUCCGUUCAGCGGCCGAGCUGGUCGGCGUGCUGUCUGUCCUGGGCACGCUCCAGCGACCUGCACGUGAUGAGGAGUCGCGAAGGCAACUCAAUGAGGCGCAGGCCGACUUGUUCUGCCCGGAAGGGGACGUGGUGACAUCGUACAAGGCAUUCCGCCGCUGGUUGGCACUCCGAGAUGCAACUGCACCGGCAGGUGAGGAUGAAGGAGCCGGGGAGGGCGAAGCCAGGAAGGCAAACCGACAGCAAGCGCAGGAGUUCUGCAGGGCACGCUGGCUUCGGCCCAAGGCGUUUGAGAUGGCCAGGACAACGGCCAUUGACAUGUUCAAGCAGUCGUGCGAGUCCUUACGUGUGGAGGACCCGGAGAGUUUGAAGCUGGCUGCAUCAGCGACUGACCAGGACCUGCUGCGGCUCAUCCUGGCGGGCUGCUUCCUGAACAUCGGCGUGCAGUGCCGAGGCUCGGGCAGCGCCCAGUCAGCGUUGUACCAGCUGAUCCAGUCGCAUGGCUCUGGAGGCGCGACCAUCGUCGCAGCACCAUUCCCAGGAUCAUCGCUUGUGCGUGCCGGGGGUGCACCUCCCAGGUACGUGUGCUACACGCAUAUCAUGCAGACCAGCCGCACCUUCUUGCAUGGGGUCACCCUGCUUUCGGCGCAGUCGGACGCAGAGCUCGUGAACAUUCUGGUGGAACAUUCUCCAAGCUUCGCCUCGGAGGUCGCGGAGGCUUUGCCCAAGAUCACUUCGCAACAGAUCCAGGUGCCGCACUUCUCCUCCCGCAUGCUUAUGGGCACUCGAGCCCGGCAGUUCCGGCUGGAUGUGCAGGACCGAUUCGCUUGCACUUUCUUUGCUGACCUCAAGCAGGGUCUCAUCUCGUGCUGGUGCCAGCCCGACCGCGCCCGCGACACGGAGCGCUAUCUCGUGAGCCACCGGGAGAAGCUUCUCCAGGAGGAUCUCAACGAGGUGGAGGAGGACACGCUGGGCGGGCAGACCCGCCCAGUUUACGGACGCGGUGGGGCCCUGGUCGACAUCCUUUUCCCCGGCGAGAUCUUGUCGGUGAACGUCAUUGGCCUGCCUGGGACCACCCCUGAAGCAGACGUGCGACGCUCCUUUGAAAGGUAUGGCCCUGUGCGGGCUGUAUCGACCUCAACCAUGGCCAGCUCGGGCGAUUUGUUCUGCCAGGCCACCUACGUGGACAAAACCACAGCCAAGCGGGCACUGGAAUCCUACGGACAGCAGUGCCGGGAUUUGGUCAAGGUGGUGCCUGGGAAGGUGCAGCAAGGCCAGAACUCGUCAGCUGAGAUGGGCUUCCUCACGCUGACGUGGGACUGCCCGGAGACCAUGCGGAACUCAGAGGACGCCGAUCUGAAUGUCAUCAUGGCUGACUUGCGUCGCUUCGUGCCCUUGGUCGACACGGAUCCAGAGAUGCAGACCUUCUUCCGCCAGAAGCCUCGGGGGAACUCGGUGCAGCAGCAAGCUGGGCUGAAGGUGAUCUAUCCAGGAGGGCUGGAGCAACUUCAGCGGGCCUACCAGGCCAUGCCACGGCUUCUUCAGGCAUGGGAGCCGCCAGCGUACCUCGCCGGCCUGGGCCAGAUUGUGCAGUCCAUGAGAUGCCAGCUGACCUACCAGGCAGUCGUGUCCGUGCACAAGGCCGUUGCCGAUCACUUCCGGAUCGCCUGCCCCGAUGGGGCGGCUUGCCGCUACAGCGACUGUCCCAAGUGGCACGAGGGGAGGAGGCAGAUGCCAUGCAAGUAUGGGGAUGCCUGCACGCGCUGGCAUGGGGCGAACGCAUGCAAGUUCCUGCACAGCUAUGCCUGGCACCAGAGGCCUGCGCCACAGGGGCCAGAGAAUGCGCUGCAGCUGGCCUUCAAGCGAUGCCAGGAAAGGGGCAUCAGGAUCACGGUCAUCACCAAAGGCCAGACUACAUCUUUCCGACUCCAGCAUGACCGGAUCGAGCAGGUCCAACGAUCCCGAGAGGAGUUCCUCCAGGCUGUUGCCUGCGACAUCUUCGUGCAUCCGCAGAAGGACUUGCUCUUCACAAAGCCGGGGGUGUCCAGGAUGAUGGCAAAGCUCAACGACAAGUCCAUUCCGGGAUACCUUCACUGGGACAAGAAGACACGCUCCGUCCGCAUCUUCGGCCAAGAAGAGGACAAGUCGCGCACCAAGCGCAUCCUUGGGGAGCUGCUGAAGGAGCUGCAGCCCUUCGAACGCCGGUCUUUCAUGCUGGACCGGGCAAAGACCAACGAUUGGGGUCGCGAGCUGGAGCAGGCCGUUAAAGGUCUUGGGCUGGAGCACUACAACCUCAACAGGAAAGGCUGCAUCCUGGAUGUUUGGGUGCGGCCCGAGGAUGCACGCGAGGUGCAGGCGCUCACUGGCAUGCUCUCCUCCCAGGGGUGGGAGCGCCGGGUCCCGCCGAUUGUUGCGGAGGGGACAUGCUGCCUUUGCAUGUGCGACUUUGACGACGACACAUGGCAAUUUCAGGCCUGCCGCCAUCGGUUUUGCACCGCGUGCAUCCGAAACGCCCUAUCCGAUCCUGAUGGGGCCCACUUCCCCAUCGCGUGCCCCUUCACGGAUCAGGCUGGCCGGUGCAACAGCCAUCUCGUUUGGAAGGACCUUGUGGGCGUGGUCAACUCCGACGUCCUUGCGCGCAUCAAGAACAUCGCCCUUGACACGUACCUCCGGGAGCGGCCACAUGAGGCUAUGUACUGCCCGGCGCCUGCUUGCAACCACAUCCUGAGGCCUCCCAGCGCCCAGACCGGGGAUGAGAGCAAGGAAGGUGGCCGUGUGGUCUUCUGCGAACUCUGUGCGGCCACGUACUGUGUGGCCUGCAGCGAGGUCGAGAAGUCGCCCGUGCCGCAGCAUGUAGGUUACACGUGUGAGGAGCGCCGGCGGCUCGGUAACCCGGACAUCAAGAAGCACAGAGAGUUCAUCUCGGACAUCCUCACUUUGAAAUGCCCACGCUGCCGUCACGCCCUCUACGACUACGACGGCUGCGCUGCUGUGAAGUGCACGUGCGGCUGCGGCUUCUGCGCGAAGUGCUUCAAGGACCGGUUGUUUCCACUGCCUCAAGGCAUGUUGGUCAGCGACUAG